GUUCUCUCUCUUCUGGGUGAAAAGGCAUCGCAGCUGGGAGGCCCGGCUGACUCAGGAGCACUGAACUGGAGGAGCAGGACUGGGAGCGGCUGCGUGAGUCUGCAGAGCAGGAGGGCCGGGAGAUGGAGCAGCUGCGCGGCGAGCUGGCAGCAGAAGCGAGACUACCAGGAGCGGCUGGCUGAGGCAGUAUCACGAGGCUACGAGACCACGCUGCUCAGCUGGGAGGAGGCAUGCCGCGUUUCAGCAUCACCAGCUCUGUACCUCAGAGACGCUGUAAGCUGGAGGAGUGGGGGCAGCGACUGCGGGAUGUACUGAAGGAGGGGGUACGUGAGGAAGAGACAGCGUGACCUGGAGGAGCAGGUGGUAGAGGCCGUGCUGCGUGACUCUGAGUAGGAAUUUGAAAUGUAUGGCGAAACUUGAAACUGCAUCAUCACGAUUGCGUUAUCGGCCGAACAACUGAGCAAUGCAUCACAGGGGAAAGAAUCUAGAUGGGGAAGAGAUCUGGCAUGACAGUGGUCUGAAUCCGACACGUUAUUUGGCUAACCCAGAAAUCCUGCUUUCCAACUUGCUGUAUUGGUCUGACUUCCAAAGGUAAAUGGAAUGUAUGAUGCGGCGCUGUGCUAAUGCCACACCCCCAUGGGAGAGCACGCAACCCUAUAAACAAAACCUGCAGCAGGUCUCCCUCAGUCACUCCCCCAGACAACAUCCACAUGGAAAUGGAGAGCCAGGCCAAACAGAUUCAGCACAACCGGGAGCCACUGGACGGAGAACAAACUGGUGACAUUGGUUGCUGUGGGUGGAUCCUGGUGAUCUUAUCUGUUAUUUUUAUGCUGUUCACCCUCCCAGUCUCCAUCUUUCUGUGUCUAAAGAUUGUCCAAGAGUAUGAACGUGCCGUUAUAUUCAGGCUGGGUCGCAUUACUGACAAGAAGGCCAAGGGCCCAGGAAUUUUCUUUAUAUUGCCGUGCACUGAUUCCUUCGUCAAGGUGGACUUGAGAACAGUGUCAUUUAACAUCCCCCCCCAGGAGAUCCUCACCAAAGACUCGGUGACUGUGAGCGUGGAUGGAGUGGUGUACUUCCGGGUCAAUUCCCCCAUCGCAUCCGUGACCAACGUGUCAAACGCAGAUUUCUCGACGCGCCUUCUGGCUCAGACCACCCUGAGGAAUGUGCUGGGCACCAAGAACCUCUCUGAGCUGCUGUCAGACCGGGAGGGCAUCUCACACAGCAUGCAGGCUGUCUUGGAUGAGGCAACAGAAUCCUGGGGCAUCAUGGUGGAGAGGGUGGAGAUCAAGGAUGUGAAGCUGCCGCAGCAGCUGCAGAGGGCCAUGGCGGCCGAGGCGGAGGCCACGCGAGAGGCCAGAGCCAAGGUGAUUGCGGCAGAGGGUGAGAUGAACGCUUCGCGGGCGCUGAAGGAGGCCUCACUGGUGAUUGCCGAGUCACCAUCUGCCCUGCAGCUGCGCUACCUGCAAACUCUCAACACCAUCGCUGCAGAGAAGAACUCCACCAUCGUCUUCCCCCUGCCCAUGGAUUUCAUGGCUCACUUCAUGGGCAAGAAAUGAGCACGCUCCCCUGAUUCACUAGCAAAUCAGGGACAGGAAGUCAAUCUGGAUUUGACCAAUCACCAUCAAGUAUAAUUACUUUGAAUAUGUGGACUUUCUCUGCGGGAUUUCUGUUAUUUAAACAUGAAGGUCACAUGGGUAUCUAGACUAGAUCUUUAAUGGAUCUUGGUAUUUGUCGUGAUUUACGAAUUUAAGAGACAAAACAGAAAAUACUCUGAAUUUGUAACUUAUAUGUGCCUGUGCUGCUUGGUAAAUGAGAAAUCACAGUCAAUAUUAACCUGCUGUGUCAAAUGAUAUAGUUUUAAGCAUUUUUACUUGUUUUAAUUCAUUUGAAAUGUUGGUACAUGGGAAUGAAGUCUGAAUAUACCACUAAAUAUUUAUUCCAAAGAGAUAACUGGCAUGGUUUUAUAAAGAACAUAAUAAAUAUACACUAUAAUGAUAUAUGGCAAAGUGCAUCUGCUUCUAAGCCAACAUUUUGAUAUAAUUAAUAUAAUUAUAUAAUUAAUUUCUAUACAGUUAAGCGAGCUGAGGGUGAAAUUUAAUAAAUACAUGGAGCGGCUAGAUAUCAGUAACUUUUUGGAGAACAGAAAAAAAUUGUGAAGAAGAUAUGACAAUUUUAAUAUAUAUUAUAAUAUUUUUAUUUAUGUAUAUUACAGCUGUCAUGCUUUGUUCAUUGAAAUGACUAUGAAGGCAAAGCUUAGGACAUGGAACUGGGUAUUCUUUGUUACCCACAGUAUGUGUGAGUGAGUGUGUGAGAGAGACCUCAGAUGGAGGAUCACACGCGCCGUAACUCUGGACUGCGUUAGUGCCUAUCAAUUAUAACGAUCAAAAUAGGAACAUUAUGAAAGGUAAAUUAUCUGAUUCAGAGCAAUGGUUGGAUCUGAUAGCACAAAGAAAAGGGCCUUUCUGAAUUCUGUUUGCUGUUUUACAUGCAUAUUUGCUUAUCCAGUUUCACUUAUUAGCAUUGGGGCAGAUCAGUUUCCCCUGCAGGGCAUGGAAAUGACUCUCAGUGCAGCCUCCAGCCGGAAGCAGAUUCACUGCUGAAAACAGGGAGGCCACGCCCACACUGAGCGUUUCCGUUAAAGGCACCCAGGCAAACGUGGCACCUGGCACAGGUAGGAAUGGGAGGGACAUGAAGUCAAUAUUGACUUUUCCUCUUCUCAGAAGAAGCAGUGACAACACAAGAGGGACCUGGGAAACUAAAAAGAACAGAAGAACAAAGGUUCAAAGUGUCAAAUAUAAUCUGGUUUCUAACAAAAUCUUCCUAAUCCUAUAACAUGCUGAGGGACCUUACAAUUUUCUCGAUUUGCUCGGAGCAUUUCUCAAAUGGCAAUUAGCAUUUGCAAAACAGCAAGUGUGACCCCCGCCUCCAUAAUGUCACUUCUGCACUGCAGAACAUAAUUUUUCAUUGCUUCACACAAAUUUGCAAAUGUGAUAGUACAUACAUGCAAAUGAUUUUGUGCAAAUGUCACUAUUCGGCAAAAUUUACAUUUGAUUUAGUCUUCCAUCCAUCCAUCCAUCCAUCCAUAAUGUAGUUUCCCACUGUAAUAUUUUUACAUCCAAAUCUAUAUGCGUGUGAUCACUAGCCACCACUUGCAAAACAAUCAGCCAACCUUUAAAAAUGAUUUUAAAAUAUUCCACAUAUAGCAGUGAUACCGCAUUGUUGUGUUGUUGGUUCCCAGUACAUGAUUUAUUGCCAUUAUGCUAUUUUCGCGUUAUACAGUGUUGUGUGACUGUUUUGCUUGCUGUUGUACUGUGUCAUGAGAUCUGAAGAACUUACAUGUGUAUGUGAGCACUUUCUUUCAACAAUAAACUGGUGUCUUUGACAUGAAUAAA